UUUCCUAGGUUCUCCUUUGCCUGGGUUGCAUAGAGCAGAUCCAUAAAUCCCAAGCUCUGAGUCCAGAGCAGACCAACUAGACUAAGCAACCGAGAAGCUUACCAUUUUAUCUCUUCCAUAUUCUUGAGUAUCUGUGUAACAAAUGCAGGAGUUGUCUCCUGAUUCUGAAGCUGUGCCUACUGUGCACAGCUGAAUGCUGUUUGCUGAUACUUUUAAACAAAUCUUCAAGGAGUUACUAGAGCAAGUCAUUUCCCUGAGACAGAAACUCACAGAAGAGCCAAAAGAAGAGAUGGCUAGUUGUGCAGGCAUAUUGACAUUCGAAGAUGUGGCCAUAGACUUCUCUCAUGGGGAAUGGAAAUGCUUGGAUUCUGCACAGAAAGCUUUGUAUCGGGACGUCAUGUUGGAGAACUACAGCAACUUGGUCUCUGUGGGUAUUACAGUAUCAAAACCAGAGCUGAUCAACUCUCUUGAACAAAGCAAAGAGCCCUGGGAUGUAAACACAAGAGAAACAGAAGACAAAGAACAAUGCUGUCUAAUAUUCAAUGCUGGAGAGAAACCAUGUGAAUGUAAUUUAUGUGAAAAAUGCCUCAUGAGUUCUACACACAUCACCAGACAUAAUAGACUGAAUGCUGAAGUGGAACAUUUCAACUAUAAGGAAUGGCGGAAGUGCUUCAAUGAAUGUGCACUCCUCACUAACCAUCACAAAAUCCAUUGCAGAGAGAAAGCAUGGAAAUGGAAGAAAAGUGACAAGGCCGUUAUAGAGUUUUCUCUUCAUAGCACCUGCCAGCAAAUCCAUCCUUUGGUGAACCCCAACCACAAUGAUAAUUGUAAAAUAUAUUUUGGGAAUUCCUCAAAUUUCAUUACACAUGGAAUAACUCAUAUCUUAAGGAAGUCCUACAAAUGUGUAGGAUGUGAAAAAUGUCUCCAUAACUUUUCACACUUCAGGAGAAACCAGGAAAUCGAGACAGGAAAGAAACUUAACAAAAGGAAAGAAUGCGGCAAGUCCAUUACCUGUCAUGCAACCCUUCAAGGUCACCCCAGCAUUCAUACUGGUGACAAACUUUACACAUUAGAAGAAUGUGGCAACUACUUUUUGCAGAUCUCAAGACUGCAAGUUCAACAGAGGAUCCAUACUCUAGACCAACCUUCCAGCUAUGAAGAAUGUGUAAAGUCCACAUCUCUUCCUGUUCACUAUAGAAUAUAUACUGAUGAAAAACCUUACAGUUGUAAUAAAUGUGGCAAAUCUUUUAGACACCUCUCAACUCUUCAAAGUCACCACAGGUUCCAAACUAUUGACAAACCUUACAGUUGUGAAGAAUGUGGCAAGUGCUUUACCCGUCAUUCAAAUCUUCAUGUUCACCACAGAAUUCAUACUGGUGAUAAACCUUACAGUUGUAAAGAAUGUGGCAAAUCGUUUACACACCUCUCAAGUCUUCAUCGUCACCACAGAAUCCAUACUGGUGACAAACCUUACAGAUGUGAAGAAUGUGGCAAAUCUUUUAGACACCUUUCAACUCUUCAAAUUCACCACAGGAUCCACACUAAUGACAAACCUUACAGUUGUGAAGAAUGUGGCAAAUGCUUUACCCAGCAUUCAAAACUUCAAGUUCACCAAAGAAUUCAUACUGGUGAGAAACCUUACAGUUGUAAAGAAUGUGGCAAGUCAUUUACCCGUCACUCACAUCUUCAAGCUCAUCAAAUAAUUCAUACUGGUGAUAAACCUUACAGUUGUAAAGAAUGUGGCAAAUGUUUUACACAACGCUCACAUCUUCAUCGUCACCACAGAAUCCAUACUAGUGACAAACCUUACAGAUGUGAAGAAUGUGGCAAAUCUUUUACAGACCUCUCAACUCUUCAAAGUCACCACAGGAUCCAUACUGGUGACAAACCUUACAGAUGUGAAGAAUGUGGCAAGUGCUUUACCCGUUCUUCAAAUCUUCAAGUUCACCAAAGAAUCCAUACUGGUGAGAAACCUUACAUAUGUGCAGAAUGUGGCAAGUCAUUUACCCGUCACUCAUAUCUUCAAGCUCAUCACAGAAUUCAUACUGGUGACAAACCUUACAGAUGUGAAGAAUGUGGCAAGUGCUUUACCCAGCAUUCAAAUCUUCAAGUUCACCACAGAAUCCAUACUGGUGAGAAACCUUACAGAUGUGCAGAAUGUGGCAAGUCAUUUACCCGUCACUCAUAUCUUCAAGCUCAUCACAGAAUUCAUACUGGUGAAAAACCUUACAGAUGUGAAGAGUGUGGAAAGUCCUUUGCCCAUCACUCAAGUCUUCAUACUCAUCACAGAAUCCAUACUCAUGACAAAUCUUAGAAAUACCAAGAAUGUCAGAAAUCAUUUACCAGAUGGUCAAGUAUUAGACACAAUCAUCAGAAAUUCCAUAUAAUGGACUAGUUUUGUUAAUAUUAUUAGAAUAUCUCCUUAAAUCACUGUAUGAGUUGUCAUACACAAACAAGUGUCUUACCCAUUUUGAAAAUCUUCAGUAAGUUUUCACAGAUCAUUCAGUACUCUGCAGUCCUCUUUAGUAAGGUCUACAUUUUUUACAAAAUUAGAAUCAUUCUAUCCAGAUAGUGUCUUUGUAGUCAUAAAAUGUUUAUUGGAAAAUUGCAGAGAUGUUUAUUCUCAUUAGAAAUGAGUUAAGCACCAGAUUUUUCUGACCUGACAUCUGGACCUUAUUUUAAAGAACUGUGCAAACUCAUAAGUAUUCCAGAUUUUAAUUUAGUGUAAUAUGUUGCAACUGUUAAUGUAAUAUGAUGCUUAUACAAUAUUUAAUAUAUACAUUAACUCUUUGAUAGUAUUUGAGAUUGUACAUAUAUAUUGCCUCUUUUUUUAACUUCAAAUGUAUUCCCUCUCUUUCUUCGUAAUAAAAAUAGUAAAAUAUU